GCCGCUCCCCCGCGCACGCGCACAGCCUGUGUUUGGGUUGAAUGUCACCUCGGAUGUAAGAUGGCGGCGCGAGUUGUUCAGCGCGCGGUGAGCGGCCUGAGGAGAGCCCGCGCCCCGGGCCCGGGCCCCGCCAACAGGGCAUUAUCUGCUACUUCGUACAACCAGAGGGAAGAUAGCUGGUUCAAGUCACUGUUUGUCAGGAAAGUGGACCCACGAAAAGAUGCUCACUCCACUUUGCUAGCUAAAAAGGAAACCAGCAAUCUAUACAAAAUUCAGUUUCAUAGUGUAAAGCCAGAUUGUCUGGAAGCUUACAACCAACUCUGUGAACAGAUAUUACCAAAGAUUCACGAAGAGCCCAAUUACCCUUGUGAACUUGUGGGGACGUGGAACACAUGGUAUGGGGAACAGGAUGAAGCCGUCCACCUCUGGAAGUAUAGUGGAGGUUACCCCACGCUUACCGAGGUGAUGAAUAAACUCAGACAAGAUAAGGAAUUCAUGGAGUUCCGGAAGGAGAGAGGGAAAAUGCUGCUUUCUCGGAAAAACCAGCUGCUUUUAGAGUUCAGUUUCUGGAAUGAACCCAUCCCAAGAUCAGGGCCUAAUAUUUAUGAACUGCGCUCCUAUCAGCUCAGGCCAGGUACAAUGAUUGAAUGGGGUAAUAACUGGGCCCGAGCCAUUCGCUAUCGGCAGGAUAACAAUGAAGCCGUUGGCGGGUUUUUCUCCCAGAUCGGAGAGUUGUACAUGGUGCACCACCUGUGGGCUUAUAAGGACUUGCAGACGAGAGAUGAAACAAGAAAUGCUGCAUGGCAGAAGGCUGGCUGGGAUGAAUGUGUAUAUUAUACAGUGCCACUCAUCCAGCAAAUGGACUCCAGGAUUAUGAUCCCACGAAAAACGUCUCCACUUCAGUGAGCUCAAUACCAAGACGGCACUUUUCAAACCAAGGCGCUGACUUGUCUUUUGCCCCAAGACUCAACAAUAAGUAGCAGGUCACUGACGUGAAGUUGUAUUUGACAUGAUUGAAAUAGGUAUAUAUCUUAAGUCCUUUGUGGACACUACAGAAACUAAAUCUUCAAAUUACUCAGCUACACUUUUCCUGGAUCCUUUGUAGUGAGGUAUCAAUAUUGAGCUGGUUGGCAAUCCUGAGUGUGUCCUUUCACUGUUUGUCUCCCCCUCCAUUCAGAUGGCCUGACCCACGAGAGGUGCCACUGUGGUGGGGCAUUUCCGAUCUUUGGCUUAAAGGCAAUAAAAGAAAGGGACAGAUUCAGAAUUGUCACAGGGUCACUGCAGGUUCCCAGCAUUCUGACACCAGGACACUCCCCGUUUUAACAGUGAAUGUGUUGUUUGCUCUCGGAAUUUUAAAAGUGUGAGGUUCAGUCAGGGAACGACUUUUUAAAUAAAAUCAUUUAGUUGGAAGGUUUUACUCCUGAAAGUUCAAUGCUCUCCAUUCUUUGACUUCAGUGUCAAAUCCUGUCCAAGUAUACAGGUUUCUCUUGUGAUUUGCUGUUGCUCUAUACUGCUGCAGUGAUGCAUGGUCAAUCACUGUGUAAAAUGUAAGCUUUACAAACACUGUAAUUUUUUUAUCCAGUUUGGUCCUGUGCUUAUUUUUAAAAUGGCACCAUUAUGUAUUGUUUCUAGAGUUUACAAGAAUUCAGCAAAUCCUAAACACCUAAGAAAAUAUGUUUCUAUAUCAUUGCGUGGCAGUCAGGUUAAACUAGCCACUAAGCCUGAAAUAAACACGAUUUGCAACAUU